AUGGUGAAAGCAGCGGCGUUUUCCCUUCUCUAUCCUCUUUUGCUUUCAGCUCUUGUGAUCAGCUGUCAUUGCCAAGAGAGGACUCUGCACAUUGUGUACAUGGGAGCUCGGCCUGAUGGCGAUGCAUCCGUUGCAUCCAACCACCAUUCCAUGUUGCAUCAAGUACUAGGAAGUGCUAGUUCUGCCAAAGAAGCACUGGUUUACAGCUACGGAAGAAGUUUCAACGGAUUUGCAGCUAAGCUGACUAAUGACGAAGCCAAAAGGAUUGCUGAAAUGGAAGGAGUGGUAUCAGUUAACCAGAACCAGGUGUACAAGCUGCACACAACGAGGUCUUGGGAUUUCUUGAACCUUACAACCGACAAACUCGGAGCUCCUUCUCUAUCUGAUGUCGUAAUUGGCCUCCUAGACACCGGAGUUUGGCCGGAGCAUCCAAGUUUCAACGACACCGGUUUCAGCCCUCCGCCACCCAAAUGGAAGGGAGCCUGUACGGGCCAAAACUUCACCUGCAAUAACAAGAUCAUCGGAGCGAGAUAUUACAACAGCGACGGUUACUCGGGCGAGGACCAAUCCCCAAGAGACACGGAAGGACACGGGACCCACACGGCGUCAACUGCUGCGGGUGUGGAGGUGGACGCCAGCUACUUCGGCCUUGGUGCGGGCGUAGCCAGAGGAGGCGUCCCCAGUUCCAGAAUCGCGGUCUACAAAGUGUGCUGGUCGUUCGGCUGCAACUCCGCCGACAUCCUGAAAGCCUUCGACGAUGCCAUUGCCGACGGAGUCGAUGUCAUCUCCGUCUCCCUGGGAUCCAGCUGGCCCGCUGAUUACAUUGACGAUGUCAUCGCCAUUGGAUCUUUCCACGCCAUGAAGAAUGGGAUUUUGACCUCCAAUUCCGCUGGGAACUCUGGGCCUUACCCUGUGUCCGUUGCUAACUAUUCUCCUUGGUCCCUCACCGUUGCUGCAAGCACCAUUGAUAGAAAAUUCGUCGCUAGACUCCAGCUCGGAGAUGGCCAGAUUCUAACAGGAAUCCUCAUAAACACCUUUGAUCUGAAUGGGACUUCAUACCCUUUAAUUUGGGGUGGAGAUGCCGCCAACUAUACCAUCGGCUCCAGCCCCGACUACGCCAGAUACUGCUUGGAGGGCGCGAUGAACACCGACAUUCUAGCUGGAAAAAUUGUCUACUGCGAGGCGCUCUUUGACGGCGUUGCCAUCCUGCUCGCUAACGGCGUUGGCACCAUUAUGUCGGACGUCACUUUCGACACUCCUGACUAUGCCUUCAGCUGGUCAUUGCCAGCCACAUUCAUCAACCCCGAAGAUGGAAAGAAGGUCUUAAACUACAUCAGAAGUUCAAGCAACCCUGUGGCGACCAUAUUUGUGAGCGAUGGGAUGAAGGACGGGAUGGCUCCAAUUGUAGCAUCGUUUUCUUCGAGAGGGCCCAGCCCCAUCAGUCCCGACAUUCUCAAGCCUGAUAUCACUGCCCCUGGAGUGGAUAUUCUGGCCGGAUGGUCGCCGUUGGUGGGGACUUCCGUGGACCAGGACGACCCGAGGAGGUCCCUGUUCAAUAUCAUCUCCGGUACAUCCAUGUCUUGCCCUCAUGCUAGCGCCGCCGCUGCUUAUGUCAAAGCCCUUCACCCCAACUGGUCUCCCGCUGCCAUCAAGUCUGCCCUCAUGACAACAGCUUACGUGAUGGACCCGAGGAAGCACCGCGAUCUGGAGUUCGCCUACGGGUCAGGGCAGAUCAACCCGGUCGUGGCUCAAGACCCGGGCCUAGUCUUCGACGCAAACGAGGACGAUUACGUCAACUUCCUGUGCAAGCAAGGCUACAACACCACCAACCUCCGCCUGAUCACCGGCGACAACAGCACCUGCGCCUCCACAGCCGCCGGGCGAGCCUGGGACCUCAACUACCCCUCCUUCUCUCUCUACGUGGAAGACGGCGACAAGAUCAGCGCCGUCUUCACUCGUACAGUCACCAACGUAGGCGACGCAAACUCCACCUACACAGCCAGCCUCUACAUGCCGUCGCCGCUCAUCAAAGUGUCCCUUUCGCCGCCGGUUCUGACGUUCUCGAGCGUGGGAGAGGCGCAGAACUUCACCGUAAGCGUGGAGGGGCCUGCGAUUGCGCAGCAGCCGAUUGUUUCGGGGGGUAUUGUUUGGAGGGAUGGGAAGCGCGUGGUGAGGACGCCGCUGGUGGUGUAUAACUACAUCCCCGGCGCGCCGUACAACCUCUACGAGAGCGCCGCCGCUGCUACAGGAAAGCUGCCUUUCCGCAAUUCUAGGAGUGGGAAGCUUGAACUGCUUAAACCCCAUCCACAGUUGUAA